UCGGCAGGUACAGCCGUGUGGGAAAUUGAACCAAUGCUUCCAUCUUGACAAUGACUCUGGAAAUCCGUGCUAUCCCAUCUCUAUAUAAAAGUCAAGAAGCUCAGCAUCCUUUGUCUUACGGGAUUUGUUUUCAAACAAACAUUCCUAUAAGCCCGGCCUAAUCACAUUGACAGAGCCUAAGAAUGAAGAUCUUUAAUUGGUUCCAAAGCAAGAAGAAUGGAAAGCAAGGGACCAACAAACAAAAAGCAGUGAGAGUUACAAAUCAUAUGUUGCAUCAACCCAUUAGAGAAGAAUUCAGUGACUGGCCUAUUGAACUUCUUGCUAUUGGUACAUUUGGAAAUAACAGUUUGAAUAAAGAUGUUGGGAACUUGAAUCAUCAGCCUUAUCACCUAGAAGAGCUUACACCUGAAGAAGUUGGAGAACUUCAAAAAGAACUAAAACUACUACUGUGUGAUAGUACUUCCCCUGAUCCGGCUAAAGGUUCAACGAAGGAUCUCGAGAAAUUCUUUGACUGCCUACAAAGUUUGGAAGAUGAUAAAGAGAAUCAUCUCAAGCAGAGUAACAGUAUUGUAUGUGGCAAAAAACAAGAAGUUCAAUUGGAAAACACAAACAGUGGCAUAAGUACAAAGACAUUGUCUUAUCUCCUUGAGAAGGCAUUUGCCUGCAGAGAUUCUGAGGGCCAUAAUUCACAAAAAGAUAUUCCGGCAAGCAUCCAGUCCAAGGGGUGACAUGAAAAAGAAAUACUUGGACAAUGGAAAUAUACUUGAGAUUGAUAGUGAAGAUGAAGCAUUUGAGACUGUGAAGGAUAGAAAUAAAUGGGACAACUCUGAUUCUGAUUUUAUUGUACUAGAGAUAUGAUUGAUCUAUUCCAUAGCCAGUUCUUGGAAAGAUGAGAUUCAAUUCUGUUCCUUUUGGCUGUACAAAAUUCAAAUUCUUAUAAGAUUUUGGUAGCGGUGAAUAUGUUGCCACUGCAUGAUAUGGAAGAGUUGACAGGCACCAUCCCACGACAAAACUAAACUUCAUUCACGGUCCUGUUCUAAUGGGACAUGAUUUUUUUCCAUGGCUUCUGCUUUUUCCAGGUUGUAAGCUUAGUGUUUUCAAGAUGAGAGAAAAUAUAGGGUGUAUUUUUAAAUAUUUUAGCAGAUCUAAUAAAAGGUGGGCUUCUUUGAUGCUCCGCAGAGACGGUAAUCUUUACUUUUACUCUAAUAUAGUCACUAUUUUAACAUCCAUAUUCUAUUCAAUUCAAAGAGAUAGAUUAUGUGUAAGUGUAAGAUUGAAGCUUUACAUAGAGAAUAUCUGCAUCGGUAAUCUGAAUACAGUAAACUAUAGAGAGAAAAAUUGAAAUUGCUUUAUG